AUGUUCAAACAUUACAACGAGCAUGUGCUGUGCUACCAACCGCACAAAUCCCCCAGGAGGCAAUUCCUCAUACGGCGCCUCGGCAGACCUGAAACGGAUCCAACCAAUGGCAACUCAAAGUCUGAUACCCAAGUUACACCGUGCGAUGGAACGGCAAACUCGACCACUUGGUGCUGCGGUAACUCUACCAGUUGCUGUGGUACUUCAGAUGCUGUAACAAUAGCCCCAACACUAAGUGGAUACACAUCCUCCACGACCAGCAGUUCGACUUCAUCUGCAACGGUGAGCCCAACUACAACAGCCUCUGCCUCUUCCUUGCCCUCUGCUACAUCCGGACUUUCAGCUGGCGCAAAGGCUGGAAUCGGCGUUGGUGUUGCCGUAGGGGCUAUUGCCAUAAUAUUUGCUGCGUUUCUAUUCUGGCGGAGACGAGCGGCGUAUCGAGGUCUACAAAAUAAUUCUGGGCCAGCGCUUCCAUUGUCAAAGACCGGAAGUGUGAAAGAGCCACAGGAGGCCGACUCUAAUGUCUAUCAUGAAAUGGACACUCGCGCCCCGAUAUUCGAGUUGCCUGGUGAGCCAGUCACCGCGCCGAAGCCCUAG